AUGUCAGGCAAUGCUGAGAUGGCAACACUGGAGAGUCCUCCAAUACCGGGGCCAACAAUCAAUAUCACCGAGGCAAGCGGAUAUGAUGAAUGUCCAAGAGGGUACCCGGAACUGGCAGCGUUCAUGAAAAGUGACCCCAUCUUCAAUAUGUUUCGAUGUUUCAACUACCUUCACCUGCGCCAACUUCUAUACUUGCAAGAAGAGCUUACCCACUUGGAGAAGCGCCUGCAUGAGGUCGAUAGGGGCGAGACAGACGAACUGAACAACACUUCCAGACGAUGCGAUACUAACGAGGAACGGAAAGCCAUUAUGGCGGAUAUUAGAGUGCAGCUGCGCGAAUAUGAUGACCUUCUCAUUCGAUACCGCACCAUCUUCAACUUUGACAUGCCCACAAAGAGGAAUUAUAGACACUUCCGCCGUUGGCUCGACAAUAUGAAGCCAGUAGUCAAAGAUGAAAGGAUGGCUUUCCACAACCGCCAGGAUCUUUGUGCCACGCGCGCGUACAAUUCUGAUUUUGGCUUCCUCGAGACGAUAGUCAGCAAGUUGUCUACCAUUGUGAUUCGGGUCAAAUGGCUGAAUAGGGAAGAGCAGCGAUGGGAUGAGAGUCAAGUCCUGUAUGCAUCAGACGACCGCGUUCGAAAAGCCAUGCAAGUCGCCACUGUCCUCGCGUCUUCUUCGUCUCUACUUAUCCCGGUCAUCGUUCUGUAUUUCGUCCAUAGUCCGGCUGCCCGACUGCUCUGCAUUAUUCUCUUCACUUUUUUAUUCUCCACCCUCCUCGCCCUAUUCACAAGGGCAAAAAGCUCAGAGAUAUUUGCUGCUACUGCUGCAUUUUCCGCGGUUAUGGUUGUGUUUGUGGGGACAGGGCUGGGAAGUGCUUGA